UUUACAGUAUUCUGCGCUCCCUCUCUGGGGGUUUACAUCACUUCAUUACAGAGAUUAAUGUACCAAGCCCUCACCUAGCAGCCCUGACUCUCAACAACAUACCAACCUGCCAAUUACUCACAUAGCCUUGAAAGAUUUCAGCGGCCUGUGGGUGGAUUACAAGGAAGUGAGAGAAGGAACGCAGCUUCUGAACUGAAAGUGAUCAAACUUCAAAGGGCUCGCUGAGCGUGAGAGUUCAUACAGUUGAUGUGGGAGUAUGGGAGGAGUGCACGUGUAUGUGUAGGUCUACAUGUGAUAGCUUGUGACAUGUCAGAUUUACAGCUUUGGAACAGCUUUCAGAUUGACACUUUGACUUUGCGCUCAUCCACUGUGUUUUGUACCAGGGACUGCUCUGGAAUCACGUGAUCAGUUUUGCUCAACUGUUUAUUUUUAGCUGUCAGAGGAGAUGCAAACAACUUCAACGCCAGAAAGAAAUAACACUUCAAUCAAACCAAUUAUAGACAGUGUUCACAACGGCCACCAAAGUCACCCAAUAAUGUCACAACCUAAUUUGCGUAGUCGCCACAGCUUCCUGAACUUUGUGAGUCUCUUCAAAAGAGAUAAGCUAUCAGUGUCGUAGUCACAAUUUAUCUCACUUGAAGUCAAAAAAACUUGACAUUACCUCCACUGGUUGGAAUAAGCUGCCAGAUGUAUCCCUACACUGAAGAAAUGACGUCACCAGGAGUGCUGAAAACUGGUUGUUUACCAACACAAAAACGGAAAAAUACUGAAGUCUGACCCUCCGAUUAAGAUGAAUAAAGGUUUGACUGCUGCUAAUGGCACAGCCUGUGCAGCCCGUGUCAGUGGAAGCUAUGAUAAGUGUAGCCAGAUGAGUAAAAAAGUGUCUAAUGCAAACCAUGUUAGCCACACAACACAGAACAGAGACCUUAAUAAAAGACAAGGUCCAGGACAUGUUAGAACACUCAGCCAGGAGCUCAGAGAACACCCUCUCUUAAUAACCUCCGCCUCCAGCCUGACCCCACGUUCUCAUCAGCGGCGCUGGUCAGCUGAUUUUUGCCAGUGUGGGACCUCCCCCGCCAUUACUGUGAAGAAGACCAUGAAGGAACCACUGCCUCCUCAGCGUGGAGUAUCCCUCCUCAGACCCCACACCGCAUCCCGUUCUUCAUCCAAACGCCACUCCUGCCCCCCCCCUGAGAUCUUAAGGUCCCCAAUUCACUCGUCCUCCUCUUCAUCCUCCAUCUCUUCCUGCUCCUCUCCUCCUCCCGUCAAGACAUCUGACAUAACCGGCCCCGACCCUCUAGGCUGGAAGUUGCGUCCCAAGAACAGCUCCACCUCCCGCCAGGCUCGCGCGAAAAGGCUGUCUCUGCAGAUCUCUCUUCCAAUCAUCCUUCCCGACCACAAAUCUAGUCCUGACCCUCAACUUGACCCCACUACUAAACCCAAACCCGCCCUCAAACCAAAACCAUGCCGUCGCCGCCACUCCGAGUCAUCAGCCUUUCUCAGAUCCCUGGCGAACCCUGUGCCAGUGGUGACACUGGAGGAGCUCUGCAACGUCCACCUCCGCUCUGUCACCUAUGUGGAUGAGUCUGACGACGUCUUCAAUGAAGGGAAUGAUGAGGAGGAGCAAAAAGAGGAGAAGGUGACCACUCAGCCAUGCAAAACACCACCACCUGUUGCAGAAAAAACUGCUAUGGCAAGACAAAUAGCACAACUGAUUGCUCAUUCACGCCAACGCCAACGCCGAUGGCCUGUCACAGCUAAAACUAACCAAGAGGAACACAUUUACACCAGUGAGAUACAGCCAGAACCUAAACAUUCACACCAGACCGAGGACCAUCACAGCCUACAUGCUACAAAAACUGGAUUGCGUCUGGAUACCAGCUAUGACAGGGAGAGGACCACUCCACACUUCCUGGCUGAGGACUCAAAGAGACAAGAAAUUGAGACUCCUUCCAACUCCAACACCAUUAAUUAUAGGGGGGACUGAGCAAUGAACAGAUUACAAUACAUGUACUGUAUGUCUCCGAGGAUGGGAUGCAUUUUUCCUUACUCAAGGGGCUGAGAUUCUACAGUUUAAAACACGUUUCCAGGUCCACCUAACAAAACAUAUCCAGUAUUUUAACUGUUUUGUUUGACCUCUUUACUAGACAGUUUUGUUGGAUCUCUGCUGUAAAUGUCUAGCUUGCUUUUCUCAGUUGUGGAAAUGUGACUUUGUUGCUUGUGUUGGUUACAAGCAAGUGUGCUUUCAUAGGAUGUGGCAGGACUGUGUAACAGAAAACAAACCCUGCAGAUGUUUCAGUCCUGCAGGUUCCCAAUAGAGCUCAUAAAUCACUAAAUUCCCCUUAAAGUUAUUGUUGUAUAUUUGCUUGUAAAGUUUAUGAAAAUUGCCUAUGUUUUUUCGAUAGCAGGUUACUUAUGAUAACAGUUAUGAGUUUUUGUGUUAAAAUGUUUAAAUAUGAACACAUACAUUCUGAAAAAAAUACUAAAAUUAGUUGAUUAAUGGAUUAGUUGAUCAACAGAAAGUAUAUUGACGGCAACUGAUGCAGUUGUUCAUUUUCUGGAUACCAAGAAUCUAAGGUGCACAUGCAGCAUGUGCAUGUGACAUUGCUGGUUCAUUUGUAAUGCAUUACUGUGGCUUAUGUUAACAUGAAUGCUAUGUCAUGUAUGUUUAUCAGUUAAUUAAUGAAGUCUUUUUUUUUUUAAAGAUAAAUAGGUUAAAAAAAAUGGAAUCACUGCUCUACAAUUAUUCGAGCCAUGUCAGUGUUGGAAUAAGAUUUACUUUUUAAUACAUUUCUUUCCGAAAUUCA